AAGUAAAGGCGCCCCUGAUAUUUACCUUCCUGCUCCCUCUUUCCGCAGACAUGAUGCUAGGGGUCUCCUGGCAGACGAUUACUACGUUGUGUGGGGUCGCUCUUUUCGGCGGUCUGUUCGUCUGCAUACACUUGACACUCACGGAGUCAGAAUACCAAUUCAUGCACACUCAGCUGAGCAUUCGGAAAACAACGGAGUCCGCUGUUGCCAAACCCGGGAGUGGAAUGAAGCCAGACCUUCGCCAUGUGUUUCAGGAACGUCGGGAACACUUGCUGGAAAGGUGUCGUUCCCUCAGGAUAACCGAUGCGCCACACGCUCAACUGUGGCACUCCCUUUUGACUGUUAAAUCCCCCGGGCCUCUCGAGGUGUGCGUUCCUCCGAAGGCCGGUUCGACAUCAUGGCGCAAAUUAAGCCAACAAUUAGCCGAUCAAAACCACUCUAGCCUUCGCCCUGCCAGCGCCCUCUUGGUUAGACAUCCUCUGUCCCGGUUAACUUCGGUCUAUAGAGACAAGUACCUCGGCGGGGCACCGAUAAGCAACUACAACCGAGACUGGCGUGAGCGAACGGGAACCACUCCGCCCUGGAUGUUUUAUUGGCAAACCUACUGGCUUCCUGCGCUGGUCUCGUCCGGACGCCUCACCCCGCCGAAGCGCUUUCUGGAGGGCCUGAAGGAGGGUGCCGCCUCUGAUAAAUCACUCAACCUGGGCAUUAGGAGGUUACGGGACGCCGUUAGCAGCGCCUUCGGCAGUGUCCAAGACGAGCUCACGAAACGAUGCAGUAAUUCCUCGUUUACCUUCCAGGAGUUUUUGGAGUUUGUAGUUUGGGCAAAUGACCUGGGCAUUCGCGACGUGCAUUGGGCACCCUUUACGGAGCUGUGCCUUCCGUGCCAAGAGGACUACCACUACAUCCUCCACUUGGAAACGAUCCAGGAAGAGUCCAGGAUGCUCUUGAAGGAUGUGGGAUACCCUGAGGAAUUUGGACUCACCACUCAGCACCGGACAAAGGGACACACCAACACACUUACCCAGGAUGAUUUCCAGUACUACGAAGACGUGCCUGAGAGUCUAAUGAAAGGUGUUCUUGAAAUUUACAUGCAUGAUUUCGAUCUCUUUGGCUAUGUACCGUCAGUAUUAAAUCAUGGGAAUACAGUGUUGUAA